CGUUAUCGCUUUUCAAAGUCGCAUCGUAGUUGGGGGCUGGGACGUCAGCGUUGUGCGAGCAGGCAUGCGCCACAACGUCGACCGGGGCCGAGACUGAGUAAGCGGCAAACGGCAAAUGCCGCCAUCGGCGUACGUGAGGUGAGGUAAGACGGGAUGGUCGUUGUGUCGGGGAACAUGAACGGAGACGAGGAGGAGGAGGAGGAGGAGGAAGAAAGCCUCGUGAUCCAUAGGCGCAUCGCGAGAGGCCGAGGGCUUCCAACUCACCACGAAUGUUGGGGCGCAACUCUGGAACCAACUCGCAUCACCUGCCAUUCCCUCAUCCUCAUCCGAUCCCUCUCAGCCCUAAACGACCGCUCAGUAUUGGUCCCUUGCGGAGGCCCACAAGCCCGGGUUGAGUUGCCCUGCUUGCUACCAAAGGGGAGGGCAAGGGAAGGAUGGGCUUCCGGCCGGCCAUCAUUGAGUCAGACACUGACCGGGGCUGAGGUUGUGACCAUACCCCCGGGACGCUGCUUCUCAGACACGGCGUAUUUUGCCGACGUUGCGGGCGUUCUGCUCUGCUCAGUCUCCCCAGUGAAGUCUCUCCUCUCCCUUUCUCUCUCGCGCGCGCGCUUUUGGACAGGCAAACGAGGUUGGCUUGUCAUGCCACGUAGAACAUGCUGGGCUCCGAAAAAAAGGCCGCCGGGGAUGAAGCGACUUGCGAGAGAUGUCUAGGACAUGGGUUAUCAACGGGCCUCGUCGCCGUCGUCGCCCGCUUCGUUGCGACAUGAACGGACGGCCGGCGCGCGGGGCUUCGAGAUGGAGACAUUGGCAACAUGGAAAAUAAAAUGAGAAAUAAAACAAAAAUGCUCCUGCGCCGGCUGGCAUCAGCGCUGCCGCGACGGUUGUCUCGUAUCAGCCCCGUG